UGGCAACAACUAGAUGCAUCCAAGUAAUAUUUGUAUCACAUUUACUUGCAGUCAUUAAUUGCCAUUUUCUUCAUCUUGAGUGACCACCCCAACUCUGUCGGAUUAAAUUGUAAGCAACAAUGAGCAAGACAAUGGAGUUGGGAUAUUGGAGAUACAGAGGGUUGGCGCACCCUCUACGUUUCGUUCUUCAAUAUUUGGGAGUGCCCUACACGGAGAAGAACUACUUUCUUCCCGAGGGGGGUGUGACGAAGGAGACGUGGGCGGGGGGCGAGAGGGCAAAGAUAAGGGCCACCUACCCACCAGGUCUCCCUUUCCCCAACGUCCCGUAUUUGGUGGACGGUGACCUUCACGUGUCCGAGUCCAAGGCCAUCAUGCGCUACAUUGCUCGCACCUACGGACCGCAGCUCUUGGGAACCACGCCCCUAAUUCAAGUCAGGGUCGACAUGCUCGAGAGUUUCCUUUAUGACUUUUGGUACAUGGAAUUUGCUCAUCGAGUUUACGAGAAUACGCCGGACGCGAUUGCCCAGUUCAAUGCCGUUCACCCAGAAAAGCUUGGCCACAUCUCUCGCUAUGUGGGCGAUAACACUUGGGCAGCCGGGUCAGAACUGACCGUGGUUGACUUUUGGCUGUGUGAAUUUCUGGAGCACUUGACCAUAUACGAUGUCAACCUUCUCGCCCCAUUCCCCAACCUGCAGCGACUGAGGGACAACUUCCAACAGCUGCCAGCCAUUGCGGCAUACAGGAAGAGUGGAGACUUUAUCCAGACACCCUGCUAUUCCCCCAGAGCCAACCUCAAACUCUGAGUAUGGAGUAGGGCGACAACUUUACCCUCGUCCUCCUCAAAAUAAUUGGAGCAAAAUAAUUAGAAAUUGGAUACCUUCUUAAAACUAAAAUAAAGUAAAGGGCCAGGGAAUGGUUGGUUACAAAAUAUAA